CAUGACUCCACCACUUGGCGCAGUGCCAAGAUUCUCCCGUGCGUGCAUGAGCGACAUGAAGCUUCCACCAUACCAGCGCGUUGGCCACGACCACAGCACGGCAACUCAAACACGUUUCCGAAUGCCCAAGCCCGCCUAUCGGCUUUAAAGUACUCAGAUCGACCGCUAAGGAUGUCCGACCGACCUCUGUCCGGCAGGCCACUGCCGUCGUCUUUUGACGAUAAUGAGGAUUUCUACAAUGAAUCCGGUUUCCAGAAAAUCUUGCGAAAGCUCAAAGAGGAGCCGCUAGUCCCGAUUGGCUGCAUCCUCACCGUUGCCGCAUUCACAAAUGCGUACCGCGCGAUGCGCCGCGGCGACCAUCACGGCGUCCAGAGGAUGUUCCGGGCCCGUGUCGCAGCGCAGGGCUUCACUGUGCUAGCCAUGGUUGCUGGCGGUAUCUACUAUGCCGAAGACCGCAACAAACAAAGGGAGUUGUGGAAGUUGAAGCAGCAGCGAGAGGCAGAGGAGAAGCGACAGAAAUGGAUCAGGGAACUAGAGGCCCGUGACGAGGAGGAGAAGGCUCUCCAGGAGAUGAUGGACAAAAAACGGAAGCGAGCAGCCGAGCGCGCAGCAAAGAAUGAAUCGGCAGCCGCGGGGGUGGCAUCACAGUCAGCAACUGCAUCGGAGCGAGCCAAGCCCGUUGCGGGUGAGGGGACGCAGAUGGGGGCAAUCGAGCCACCCAGCCAAGCAGCAGACGGCCAGAAGGAAUCUAAGAGUGCGCUGCUGGGCUUUCUGGGAAGUUGGUUUGGCGGGUCGAGCAAGGCACCAGAAGACCCCGGGAAGGAGAAAAAGGAUCAAAGCCACGGGUCCGAAGGGUCUCGUUGAUAUAGCCCCCGGCCUUUGCACAAAGGCCUCUCAUGUAA